GCUUGUCAAGACUGAACAAUGCUUCGCAAGGGUAUCACAGAGAGCUUUGGAGCUGCGAUCCAUGCCCUCAACACCUCACAGCUGACAGAUGGUGUGAUUAACAGGAGCAAAAGGAUGAUGCUGGACACCCUCGGUGUCGGACUAUUAGGAACUAGAACAGCUGUCUUCAAUAAGGCUCUGAAGUACAGUCAGUUGUUCACAUCGCAGGAAAGGAGCAGCGUUUGGGGUAAAUCGGACAUAAUCCUGCCUCCUCAUUACGCUGCAUUUGUUAAUGGCAUCGCAGUUCACUCCAUGGACUUUGAUGACACUUGGCACCCUGCGACUCAUCCCUCGGGCGCCGUCCUACCUGCACUGCUGGCCCUGGCAGAGACACUUCCCAGCCAGCCCUCUGGUUUAGAUCUCCUGCUAGCCUUCAAUGUUGGCAUUGAGGUUCAGGGCAGACUGAUGAGGUUCUCCAAAGAAGCCUACAACAUCCCUAAAAGAUUCCACCCUCCCACUGUUGUUGGAGUGAUGGGCAGCGCUGCAGCCUCGGCUAAGCUCCUCGGUCUGUCCCCUGAACAGUGCAGUCAUGCUCUUGCUAUAGCAGCCUCCUCUGCCGGGGCGCCUUUAGCCAACGCUGCCACACCGACCAAACCUCUCCACAUUGGAAACGCUGCUCGGAGAGGCCUAGAGGCCGCUCGGCUGGCCCAGAUAGGACUGAAGGGAAAUCCAGCCAUACUGGAUUUGGACAGUGGGCUUGGGGUUUACUACAAAGACUACAGUCCCUCUGCUAUGGCGGAUUCUGCUGUGAGAGCAUAUAAAUGGAUUCUGGAAGAUCAGGACGUGGCAUUCAAACGCAUCCCCGCUCACCUCGGGAUGCACUGGGUUGUCGAUGCAGCUCUGGCAGCCCGGGAAAAGCUCCAAAAAGCAGUCGGCAAAUUUGACCUCAGCCAGAUCCGGCAUGUCACACUUCGGGUGCCUCCAUCCAAGUACGUUAACUGCCCGUUACCUGCCACAGAGCACCAAGCCAGGCACUCGUUCCAGUUCAACGCCUGCACCGCACUGCUGGAUAACGAAGUGACCGUGGCGUCUUUCGGCGACGCUCAUAUCGGCCGGUCCGCUCUCAAGGAGCUCUUGGGCAAAGUCAGCUUGGAGACGCCGGAAGAUAACCUGCCCAGUUUUGACAAGAUGUACUGCGAGGUCGAGAUAGCGAUGCACCAGGGGCCGAGCUACAAAGCCAGAUGUGACACUUUCUACGGCCACUGGAGGAAGCCGCUGACUCUGAAGCACCUGGUGGAGAAGUUCAGUGUGAAUGCUUCGUCUGUGCUGUGCACAGAGGGAGUGGAGGGGGUCAUUGAUGUUAUAGGAAACAUUGAAAGGGUGGCAGAGUGCUCAAUAUUGGGUUCAUAUCUGACAAUGACAAGUAAUCAAGAGCGCCUUGACAGAAUGAGGAUUUUGUAAUUAAACACUCAUAUCUUUAUAUGAAGCUUUGUAAUCUUUUCAAGAAAGUAAGAAUUAAAUAAUAACCGUGUAAAUAUGUUAUACAUACUUUUUUCUCUUCUGUGGUCAAAAAUAAAGUGAACCUUUUUCCUUGUA